AUGUCUGCAACCGCAAGAAUCCCAGCCAUUUCUCGUCAUCUAUCUCAGAAUGCGAAUGAAGAUUCAUCUGGCGCCCAAGCGCCAAACCAGCUCCCGUGGAAUCCUAGCAGCAGUUCGUUCCCCGCUCUGAAAGACCUUCCUCCUCUGCCUAAUGCACCCGCUGGCGCGGCUUGGGUCUGGGGGGAGGAUGAUCAGCUGGGAAGACUCAACCUGUUGACGCCAGCCCGAGUCAAGGCCUCCGUAGCAGAGAUCAAGACUGGCGAAAUCAUCCCAUUAAAUCUUCCUCUGAAUAUGCCUGAGAAGCCAGCCUUCGAGCGAGAAACUUUCCAGCACAAUAUUAAAACUCUAUGGGAGGACGUCGCAUUCGAUGACACAUAUUCCCUGAACACCCAAAGCGGGACGCAGUGGGAUGGCUUCCGACACGUCGGGCAUUUCGAGACAAAAACCUUUUACAACAGGGCAACAGCCAAAGACUUCAUAGGCGCCGAUGCCAACACCCACCGCUGCAGCAUCCAUCACUGGGCAAACCAUGGUAUUGCCGGCCGAGGCAUCCUCCUGGACUACUGGCACUACGCCAAAACCCACAACAAGCUCUAUGACCCAAACACCUCGCACGCGAUCUCAUUCGCAGAGCUGAAAGCCUGCGCCGCAUUCCAAGGCCUCGACCUCCGCCCCGAGUCCCAGGGCGGCCACAUCCGCGUCGGCGACAUGCUCUUCAUCCGCUCCGGCUUCGUAGAGCGGUACUACGAGCUCAGCUCCGCGGAGCGCUAUGCGGCUGCGACACGGUCCCACGACAAUCUGUGCUUCGCGGGCGUGGCGCGCGAACCGCAGUUGCGGGAGUGGUUGCAUGACAGCUACUUCGCGGCUGUGGUUGGUGACUCGCCUACCUUUGAGGCGUGGCCUGUUCCGGAGAACGAUCAUUUGCAUCAGAGUUUGUUGGCGCUUUGGGGUUGUCCCAUUGGGGAGAUGUGGAAUCUGGAGGUGUUGGCGAGAAAGUGUAGGGAGCGUGGGUCUUGGACGUUCUUUUUGACAAGUGCACCUGCUAAUGUGCCCGGUGGUGUUGGGUCUCAUGCUAAUGCAACAGUUAUUCUGUAA